CACCACAUUCAAAAGGCUGGGAAAGAUUCCUGAUCCCGGAGACAGAAGUGUUGCAGCCAACAUUGAAAGAAUUCGCCUUCUCAGAAACCAAUACUACGGUCACGCAGCUGAUCUGUCCCUAUCCGACUCAGACAUUGCACAGGAAUGGCGAAAUAUCCGGGACAUUGUGGUGGAGCUAGAGCGACACCUAGAUCCCACAGUUUCAGGAAAGAUUGAAAUGAUAAAAAAAAGUAUAACGACGCAUUGUGAAGAUAUCAGCCCCCUAUUUGUAAGAACUCGAGCGUUUGAAAAAGCAAAGGAACUACUAGGCAUCAAUGGGUAUGUCGUCAUCGGGGGUAAUCCUGGCACUGGAAAAUCCACAAUGGCUAAUUUUUUGAUAAAACAGUUGAUGGAGGAGGGAAAGGACCCUCUUCAACUCUACAAGUUUAAAGACUUAUACAAAAGCUUAGCACCCAAUGAUAAUAUAGUGGUUUUUAUGGAUAAUGUGUUCGGAGAAUUUUCUUUAUCCAGUGAUGAUGUUCAAGACUUUACAAGAACAUCUGAGACGACAAAAGAAUUGUUUGAUACUGAUACAGAGAAGUCAAACUAUUUGAUACUUACAGUAAGAAGUGAUAUAUUGAAGGAGUAUACUAGUAAGGUGGAGGAUGAUACUUUUUUUGUGUCAUCACUGGUUGACCUCUCCAGUAAGACAUAUGCUUUGCAAGAGAAUGAGAUCCUCCAAUUAGCCAUUAAGUAUGAUGUAUGUAAGAACAUAGAAGAGAAAGAAUUUACCAGAAAAGUUUCUGAAAUGUCUUUACCUAUAGGAUUUCCUCAAUGCUGUAAAUUGGCAAAGGACAUUCAAGAAGAUAUUUUAUCUUUAGCAAAAAAUCCUGUUAUUUUUUUGACAGGUUACUUCGACAAUCUUUUCGAGAAACCGACUGCAAAAAACGCGGUUCUCGUGUAUAUUCUCCUUAGUGGAGGGGAAGUUGACUUUGAAUUUUCCGACAAUCGUCAAAUGGAUUUAGAGAAAAAACACGACUCUUUAGAUUUUAUUGGUCUUAAAACAUCUUUUAUAAAUGAUUUUCAAAAGAGUAUUAACUGCUUUGAUGGAUUUUUGACAAUUCGAGACUCAAUUAGAAAUUCUCUGCAGUUUUCCCAUAGUUCUGUGCAGGAAACUCUAUUUAAUUUCCUGUUUUAUUCCAAUCCUAAAAAAAUGAUACAAAAUUGCCAUCAUUCUUUACUACAGAUAUUUACAACAACUAGAAAAUCAAACAGCACAAAAAUUAUCAUAGGACAGGAAUUAUUUGCUGAUGUUAUUUGUCGUAUCGCAAACGUAAUUACCGAAAGAUCUGUGGCCGGGUACAGGUCAAUAUCUUUGCUAGAAUUAUGGAAUGAUUCAAACUUCCAUGAGCAUGUUCUGGAAACAGAACAAUGUACUUCACUAUUCAAAACAUGUCAGGAUAUCAACAGAGAUUCAAUGAUGGUACAUUUUUCAAAAGCAGGAAAUAGACGAUGGGUUGAAUAUCUGCUGCCAAAUUCAGAUGAAAGACAAAGAUAUAGAUCACUUAACGUUGCAUGCUCAAAAAACCAUCCAGAUGUUGUUAAUCUCAUUUUAGCUUCUGGUGAAGAAUGUGAUCUGAAAACGUGUUUUUACGCAGUGCAAAGUGGUAAUUUAGAACUGUUACUUCGAAUGUGCGAGCUUGUUGAUCUUCAUCAAAUUGGCUUAACAUUAAAUCCUGUAUGGAGUGACGUCAGGCAUAGUUUACUUCAGGAAAUCUGUUUGAUGCGACAAACGCAAUUCAUUGAAAAAAUAUCGGCAAAAUAUCCCUUUCUUGUAGGUAUGAAAAACAGUCAAGGGGCCAGUGUAUUGCAUUCUGUAGCUGGUUCUGGGGACAAGUAUGCAUUUAAUCUGCUUUUAAAGUUUGAACUUAAUCCAUAUGAAAAAGAUCAAGAAAGCAGCCACACCAUUCUUACGUGUGCAUGUCAAAAUGGAAGACUAGAUAUGGUGAAAUAUCUUAUUGGGAAGUAUCCUGCAUUAAUUGAAUCUCAUAUAGAUCUUCAUGGUGGAAGUUUAUUUCAUAUGGCAGCGUUCAGUGGAAAAAUUGAUAUGUUUGAAUAUAUACUGAGUCUUUUUGAGAGUGAAAAUUUAAUAUCCAUCGAGAGCGGCAUGAAGCCUAAUAUAUAUACAAAAGAUAAAAUUGGCCAAUCUAUCCUCCAUGUUGCAUGUAGAAAUGGUCAGUUAGAUAUGUGUAAGUACCUAGUGAGUAGAUACCCUAAGUUACUGAAUGACCAAGACAUUACUGGGGCAAAUGUCCUCCAUUGUGUUGCACUGAGUGACAAUAAAGGACUCAGUGUCUUACAUUCAGCUUCCUUUGGGGGAAAUUUAGAAAUAAUAUCUUUUCUAAUCAAGAAAGGAUUGGAUAUUAAUGAAUUGUCAAAUGAUGGUCUGAAUAUCCUUCAUUUUGCUUGUCUCUGGGAGAAACUUGAAGUUUGUUAUUACUUACUAGAAAAAUAUCCAAAAUUAUUAGAUGUCAAGGACAAAUUCGAUAACUCUACAUUACAUUAUGCAGUCCUGAGUGUGUGUUGCUAUGGUAAAACUGACCAUUGGGAAUAUCUGAUCGAUUACUAUUCCGAUUUACUGGCGACAAGAGACAAUGACGGAAUGACAGUGUUACACUCGGCUUGUUUUGGUGGAAAUGUGGAAAUAGUUACUUAUCUAGUCAGAAAAGGCCUGGAUAUCAAUGCAGUUUCCAAUGAUGGUCAAAGUAUUCUUCAUAUUGCCAGUAGAAAUGGAAAGUAUGAAGUUUGUGAGUACCUAGUUAAUACAUAUCCACAUUUGUUGAGUAUUAAAGAUAGCGAUGGUAAUUCAGUUAUAGAGGCUGCCUAUGAAAUUGGAGACAUUGAUAUGAUUCAGUUGUUUAUGAAAAAUAGUGUUAUCAGCCAACAUUUAUAA